GUAUUUUGGUUUUUAGCUGUGCAUUUCGGUUUCGUACAUGUGUUUAUGUAUUUCAGUUUUGUGUUUGUGUAUGUUAAUUUGUAUGCCUCGUAUUGCACCUCUAGGCCACCGUAGUAGGGUUGGUAUAAACAGACUUUACUGAGACACAAAGCCAAGUUUGUGUCGUGGAAUUUUUUUUUUACCUAUGAAAAUUAAGAAGUUUUGUGGGCUCUCUGGUGGCAGGUAGGGCUUUGCAUUCUAUUCAGAUUAAACACGACCGUAGGAAGAUUUAGUUAAGUUGGAACUGUAGUUAUAAUGGAUAUGUUACUGGCGUCAGAAAUAGGCGAUAAUAAGAAGCUUGAACAGCUCUUGGUCGCUGAAAAUCUAGAUGUCAACUAUAGUAAUGAUUCCAAAGAAACUCCACUACUUCUUGCCUGCAAAUUCGAACAUUCCAGUUGCUGUUCGCUUCUACUGGAAGCAGGAGCGAGCGUCGAUCAAAGCGACUGUGUUGGCAACAGUCCAUUGCAUUUUGCCAGAGAUCAUAAAACAGUGGUACGUUUGCUUGAACUAGGAGCCGAUCCAGCUGCAAAAAACGUGAAAGGACGAACAUCUUUGCAUGAAGCCGCUCUUUGGGGAGCAAUUGAUGGAUUUAAAGCUCUUCUUCGAGAGUUUACGAACAGGAAGCUUUCGGUCGACGUUCUCGACGACCAAGAAUUUACUCCUUUGCAUCUUGCCGUGAUUUCCGACGUCGAAGAAAACAUCUUAGAAAAGAUAAGUCUACUCGUUUCGGCAGGAGCUAAAAUAGAUAAACCAAGUCUUCAUGGAUCCACAUCUUUGAGUCUGGCUUGUUUUAAUCAUAACUUGAAAGCAAGCACUGUUUUACAUUUAUUACGAUACGGAGCGAGCCCUCACGUUGUCGAUAAAUAUGGUAAUACUUGUCUGCAUGCCAUAUUCAAAUUUAAUCCCGAUUUUUACCCUUUUGAGCAAGAAUCUCUUGAGGUGAUUCUCCAAGAACUAGUAAAAUUGGGAUGCGAUGUUAACAUCACGAACAGAAAUGGCCAAACUGCUUUGCACUAUGCAGCGUAUAGCGCAUUUCUAAAACCAGUAAAGAUUCUUCUGGAAAGUGGUGCAGAUCCAUUGAUUGUUGACCACAUUGGACGAACACCAUUGCAUAAAAGUAUGUACAAUAUAGACUUUAACGUUGUUGAGGUUCUCCUAGAGUAUUCAAAGUGCCCUUGCCCGGUUGAUCACCUUGGAGGAAUGCCUCUUCAUCAUGCGGCAGCUUCUGGCACGCCUAAAAUUGUCAGUACCAUCACCAAGGCAAUGUCAUCCUCUCCCCAAGGGAUUGAAAAUUUCAUAAACAAGCCAGACAAUACAGGUAUGACUCCUCUUCACUAUUUCUUAUUGUAUAAGAGAACUGACGAGUCUAUUUUAAAAUGCCUUUUGCAACACGGAGCAAAUGUAAACAUUGGUCUACCUUCCGGUGUGAAGUGCAUAGAUAUGGCCAGGUACGCUAAGGAUGUUAGCAAGGUCAUUUUCCAGGCAGAUAAUAAGAUUCAUCCCUUUCCGUUACAGGAAUUGCCUGCGUUACAGGAAUUACCUGGCUCUCAAGAAAAAUCCAACUUAAAUGACUAUCUGCAACCAAUUUGUAUUGACAGUGAUAGAGACAUUGACACUAAAACUUUGAGGCCAACUCAACAUGUCCAGGAGUACCUUGAUCAAAUAUGUUUGUUGACCAUUCCAUCAGAAGACAGAAUAAAACUUCUGAACUGCAUGAACUCUUCAAUUGAAAAGUUUGUUAGAAAUCUAUGUGAUGAAAUCGCCAGGAUGGAUCCUAGAUUUGCCUCCAAUGUCCUACCGAGUGGAAGCACCUAUGAAGGGACAAAGCCGCUAACAGAAGCCAACUCUGUAAGAGACUUCGACUACAUGAUCUGUUUAGGAAGACUUAGCGAAGAGGUCAUUGUUGAGGAAGCUGAACCAGCUAUAGUGGGACACGUAAAGCUUGCACACAAGCAGCCGAAGAACCAGUCCAAAUUCAAGGAGUUUUUCUCUGAUGGGUAUCUUGUUGGAGACAGAGUUUUAAAGGCAUUUGGCGAUCUCAUGGUCCUAGUAAUGAACCAACCUAAAAUCUGGCAAGAUGGUGAAAUGGAGUGUCCUUGCAUUCCUACUUUGGAGAGUACUACCGGACAUCCAAACAUAGAGGUGAAAUCUCUGUGGCCAUCAUUUGCAAGACAAGAGAGCUCUAUAUUGACCCCAGAAACUCGGCAAUGUCACGUAGUUCUCAAGCAACCAGAUACUGCAUUGUACAGCACACAAACGUUCGGCAAUCCCGCUCAUCUUCUAAGAGUGUCCUUUUCUGUUGCUGAACGAGAGAUAUUUCAUAAGAUGCCAGAAGUUGUCAAGAAAAGCUGUGUGGUUGCAAAGGUACUGUCGAGGAGAACAGCAAAAGUUCCGCUAUCGAUGAUUUAUGGUGGGGAAUAUGGUAAGGCGAAGAUGAAGAUUUUAACAAAAAAUACCUUCUCCAGCUAUGUUCUCAAGACGGCUUUGUUCCAUGAGCUUGAAGCACUCUGUGUGAACGACAACAACAUCUCCACAAACAAUGAGUUGGCCUUAAAACCACUCGUAUGCGGGAUAUUUAGAAGACUCUCCCAAGCUGCAGGGGAAGGCUUUUUACCUAGUUUCUUUGUACCAAGACAAAACCUGUUCCACACGUUCAGAGAAGACAGUUACAACGAAAAAAUAAGGUACUUAACAGUACAGCUGUUGAAUAUAAGUCUGGAAGAUGGUGACAGAAAAUUGACUGUUCAAAACAAAAGCUUUUCUGAGAAAAGAAACAAUGACAUACUGGCUAAAAAGCAUAGGAAAAGUUUAAGCAUCCUGAAAAAACUUGGUGCUGAUUGGAUAAACUGAACGUACACUAUAACAAACAUUUUCAGAAAACAGUUUUCGGAGCCAAAGCAGAUACCUAAAUAGUGGAGUAGUGACAGUUACAGAGUUUUGGGGAAAAGGCAUGCCGCGCAUGUUUAAGCGUUUUGGCGCCAAAAAAUCCCGCCAAAUCGAUGAACAACUCCAUCGUAGAUGGUAUAAUAUAUAGCUUCAUAGCAGUAGCCACAUGCUCGCAAUGCUGGCGGAGGGCCUAUUUUUAGGUUAAAGCUUGCUAGCUGAUAAAGUCAACAGCAGCAGGAAGCGACAGGGCAGAAAAACGGUUUUUUGCCUUUCACCAUGAUAGGGACAGCUUUACGUGUUUAAGCUCAAUAUUAUGUAAACACGUUCUUUUGGAGCCAAAUAGCAAAAUAUCAAAUGCGACCGAAAUUUAUCAAAUGCGUAUUUGAGAUAUAAAGCCGUGUACUUUAGGAGAGGUGAUAUUUUGAUCAGCAGAAAAAUUGAUAUUUUCGUGAAUACUAAGUAGAUUUAAUCUUUGAAUUCGACAAAAUUUCGUCACAAGUUUCGAGCAGCAGUGACACAAAUGAAACGCUUAGAAAUUUAGAGCGUUAAACUCAGAUAAAUAAGAUAAUCGUGAAAUUAGCGGGCUUGGAAUUUUUCUGCCCUGUCGCAGGAAGCUGCUUUAUCCUUUUAAGUGACCUCAACUUAAUAUGUUGGGGCCCUUGGGUUUAACACGUGUUGGUCAACAUCUCUAGUUCCCAGAUGGCAAAUAGUAUGCUUAUUUCUUGUCCGUCAUCAUGAUAGCAUGUAGACACUGUGAGCAUAUUACACACAGAGUGAGCAUAUUAUCGGUUAGGGAAGGACCAUUAGAUAAUUAAAGGAAAAGGGCUGCAGGAAUUUCAUGAUGUUGCACGAUAUCUAUAAGUGUUUUUAGAAACCCCUGCACUCAUUUUUUUUUUUGCCUUUCCUCGAUAUAUCUUUCCUGAAAGGAUGAAAUGCUUGCUCAAAAUGGGGGGGGG